CGGAACUGGCGAGCUCCAUUAAUACAUUUAUUUAUUCUUUGCUCUGCCCGUUUUUCUCUCGUUAUCUAUCUUCAUUCCACUCCUCCUCCUUUUCUUCCCCAAGGCCUUAAAUCAAGUCGUACUGUUCAGCGAGGGUUGAAACAGUCGUCUACAUCACAUUCCACACGUUACUCGUUUUUGUACACAUUCCGGAUCACUAGUGCCCAUCAUGGCUGGCGUCGGUGAAUCAACUAUUGUUUCUAAUGCCUCCAAUUUGGCCAAGUACAUGAAGUUGGACCAGAGAGGCAAGGUCCUGGCCGAGUACAUCUGGAUCGAUGGCACGAACGGCCUCCGAAAUAAGACAAAGACCCUGGACAAGGCUCCCAAGUCCGUCGAUGAUCUUCCAGAAUGGAACUUCGACGGUUCCUCAACCGGCCAAGCCCCAGGCGACAACUCCGAUGUCUACAUCCGGCCUGUGGCCAUGUUCCCCGAUCCUAUCCGUCUAGGUGACAACAUCCUCGUCAUGUGCGAGACCUGGGAUCCAGAUGGAACACCAAACAAAUUCAACUACCGACACGAUGCUGCACGCCUGAUGGAAGCCAACGCCAAGCACAAGGUUUGGUUUGGUCUGGAACAAGAAUACACUCUCCUGGGCCCUGACGGCUGGCCGUACGGUUGGCCCAAGGGGGGUUUCCCCGGCCCUCAGGGUCCUUAUUACUGUGGUGUUGGUACUGGCCGUGUCUACUGCCGUGACAUCGUCGAAGCACACCACAAGGCUUGCAUGUACGCUGGUAUCGAGAUCUCUGGCACCAACGCUGAGGUCAUGCCCGCACAGUGGGAGUACCAGGUCGGACCUUGCGAGGGUAUUAACUUGGGUGAUCAACUCUGGGUCUCUCGAUGGCUCCUCCACCGUAUCGCCGAAGAAUUCGGUGCCGUUGUUUCCUUCCAACCCAAGCCCAUCCCCGGUGACUGGAACGGCGCCGGCCUGCACACCAACGUCUCAUCCAAGGAGAUGCGUGAAGAUGGUGGAAUGAAAUACAUUGAAGAGGCCAUGAAGAAGCUUGAGGAGCGCCACGUUGAGCACAUCAAGGUGUACGGUGAAGGAAACGAGUUGCGAAUGACUGGUGCCCACGAAACCUCAAGUAUCGACAAAUUCACCUGGGGUGUAGCCAACCGUGGCUCGUCUGUCCGAAUUCCCCGUGCCUGCGCCAAGGAGGGCAAGGGUUACUUCGAGGAUCGACGACCUGCGUCCAACGCUGACCCAUACCAAAUCACCGGCAUUAUUGUCGAGACCAUGUAUGGAUCUCUUCCCGAGGAAAAGUUUUAAACUAGAUACCCUCUAUAGCUUGCGUGGACAAAAUUGAGUGAGAAGGGAAGCUUGUUCUACAUUCAGGACGCUUGGGGAUUGCACAGGGCGUUGGUGGUUGUUGAUUGUGCUUGUUGCUAUUCAUGAGCGGAUCCAAAGACGCUACACUUUGCUGAGAGAAACGCAGAAUUCGCGGUAUAGAGUCGCCAUUAGAGCUAUAGGCGAAUGAAUGAUUAUGACCAUCUCUACAUUUAAUA